GUCCCUCCUCCUGUUGGAAACCCUGAUGAAGUGGCUUUUAUUGUAAUAGCAGUCCUGGAAGCCAGCUCAGAUUUUCAGAAGAAACAGAAAGUCUUAAUCAAACAUGCAGACAAGAAGACCUUUAUCCAGACGGACAAACCUGUGUAUAAACCUGGACAGACUGGUAUGGAGAGAAUGCCGUGUCUUGUGAGAGAAAAAGCAGUCAUCAGGCCACAAGAUAUAGGGUAGCCUCUAGCACUUGGAGGGUGGCCAGCUCUGCAAGGGAAAUGGGGUCCCUCUGGGCUUUGAAAGAUUUGGGGAUACCUCUCUUCUGAGUCAGCAUGAGACAUUUUAUCUCCAGUACUAGCUGUACUCAGACAGCAUGCCAGUGUGAACAGUGCUUGUAUGUUCUGGAUGAUGCAUGAGAAAAGGUUCAGGCACCACUGUGUUAUAUUCAGGAUUGCUCCAGUCAAAGCCACAGUAGUCUGUCGGUGCCCUAAAUCCCCCUCUCUCCCUCAGGCUUCCCCAGACAAGGAUCAUGGUUCUGCAGGCCCCAUCACUACCCUAGCACAGCUCAGAUCACCACAGGGUACAGCUGUUUGCCCCAUGCCUUACCCCUUUUCCACUGGCAUGACCUUCACUGCAGGCAAGACUGAGUGCCCCAUCACAGGUCCAAUGUCCAGAAAAAUGCCCUUUCUCACCAAUACAGCCAGCCUUCCCAGAAACCCCACACCACCUCCUAUGCCACUUUUUUUUCUAGCUGGCUGCCAGCUCAGAGCAGGGAUUUGAGCACAAGCCCAGGAGUGGAUGGAUUUAGCUGCUGCCUUCAACCUCUCAGCGAAGCACAUGGACACAUCUGUCUUAGCCAUACAUUUUUAUUAUUAUUAACAGACUUGAUUUCAUUUCAGCCAGUCCUGUUUUUCUUUUGUUCUAUAGUCAAGUUGCAAAUUGUAACCUUGGAUCAGAACUUUAUUGCCAGCAAUGAAACGCACCGCCUGGUGGAACUGAAGCACCCACCAACUCAUCACGGAGUCCUUCCUGGCUGGGCAGUGUGACUGUAGCCAGAGUUCUGCAUCUUGCCUUCCGAAGACCCAGCAGUGGGAGAAUACUGUGUGCCAUGGACUGACCGUGACAGUCAACAAAGCCUCCAAAUGCCCUUGCACCCCAGGUCUUCACAUCUUCCUUUCUACACCAGGCCUCAUGGUUCCCUGCAUGAAGUCUUGGAUGCAUUUCCCCAGACUUUCCUGGGGAUUCAAGACAUUAGACUCCCCACUCCCAACUAGUUCAUGCCUUAGACAGCAUUAGCUGUCAGGAUUGACCCCCUCCACAGUGACCUUGGGGCUACACCAGCCCAGAUCACCACAGGAAUCUCAACUGUAUCUCUUAGUGAGACAGGCAGGCUGUAAACCACUGUUUUGCAGUGGUCAGUGAGAUGGUGGUGCCACCGGAGAGCUAUAAUAUGAUAAAUUGUCAAUGAGACAGGGAGAAAAGCCCUAUUCUCUUCGAUGUCAAACUCACCUAGGCACUGUGGCUGUGUCAUAGAUCUGGGCUCUCAGGACAAAGGAUAUCUGCUCAGACCAUGCUGUUGUAGCUUGGACACCCUGCAAAAGAGUCUCUUUAUGCACUGGGAAAUAACUACUCUCUACUAUUGCCUAUGCAGGACCCCAAAGGGAACCGAAUUGCACAGUGGCUAAAUGUUAUACCUGUGGGAGGCAUUGUGGAUCUGUCCUUCCCUUUGGCUGCAGAAGCACCAGUUGGAGAGUACACCAUCAAGAUGCCUGACCGCACACAUACCUUCAGGGUAGAGGAGUAUGUACUGCCCAAGUUCAAUGUCUCCAUUCAGAUGCCCCAGGUGGUCACCAUCUUGGAGGAGAACUUUCGUCUCCACGUCUGUGGCAUGUACACAUAUGGGAAACCAGUCCAUGGUAUUGUGAAGGCUGUGGUGUGCCGUAAACAUAUCCGCUAUAAUCGGAAGUCUUCCAAAGCCAAGCACAGUAUUUGUAAGGAUUACACUGGCGAGACAAACAAGGAUGGCUGCUUUGGUACUGAGGUGAAUAUUCAAAUCUACCACCAGAAGCACGGUGACAAUUAUGAUUUCAACCUGGAAGCUGUGGCUUUUCUGAAAGAAAGUGGAACAGGAGUGGAGUUCAACGCCACUGAAAACUGCAAGGUUACUUUUGAUAUCACAACUCUCCAAUUCUGGGGUACAAGCUACUACUAUCAGCAAGGAGCUCCCUACUAUGGAAAUCUGGAACUCAAAAGUGCUAAUGGGACACACGUGAAGAACAAGGAAGUGAUUCUUACAGUGUCCCACGGUAGCAGGAAGCAGAUCAAGACCUACUUCAUAGAUGACACUGGGAUGGCAUCUUUCACCUUAGACACGUCAGCAUGGGACAACAGCAGUAAAGUUCUACUACAGGCAAAGACCCAGCCGGAGGACUUAAGAGGUCGAAAUGUGAGGGUGUCUUAUGGCACUGCAUCCCUCACACUAAGGGCCUUCUACUCUUCCAGCCGCAGCUCUGUGAAGAUCCAGCCAGUGCGGGCAAUGCUGCCCUGUGGGGACGUGCAGCAGGUCACUGUGCAGUAUCACAUCCUAGCCACAGAGCUGGGGGAUGGGGCUGCCAGAGCAGACUUCUACCACCUGGUUUUGGCCAGAGGAUCCCUUGUACAUCAUGGCCAAACAACAGUACUUCUUGAUCCAUCAUUAGGUCAGUAUAAUGGGGCUUUCAAUGUCAGUCUGCCCAUUGACCUCAUUUCGCCCAUGGCUACCAUCUUUGUCUACAUUGCUUUCCCUGAAGGACAAGUGGCAGCGGACAUCUUCAGUCUGAAAGUCUCCAAGUGCUUCAGGAACCAUGUGAAGCUUGGCUUCUCAGGCAGAGUGGCUCUCCCAGGAUCGACUGUCCAUCUCCAUUUGCAGGCUGCACGAGGCUCCUUAUGUAGUAUCCAUGCUGUAGACCAGAGUGUCCUUCUCCUGAGGCCAGAGGCUGAGCUAUCCAGAGAUAGCGUGUACAAUAUGUUCAGCUAUUCUCAGGAGCACCCCAGCACCCUCACAGACUCUUACAGUGACUACUGCACUAACCACGAGAGCCCAGGAAUCAUUGGUUCCUCUCAGACCACCCUUCCACCAGGAUCAAUGUCACCAUUCACGUACAACAGAUACUCUUACGCAGUGUCACAACCAGAUGUCUAUGAACUUCUGAAGAAUUCAGGUCUAACAUUUUUAACCAACCUUAAAAUCAAGUCUCCAAUUGAAUGCCGCACCCAGACCACCUUCUACUAUGACUACAUGUCUUAUGGAGAGCUGGCAGACUUGGACAACUUGGACCCAGAAACAGAUGCUGCUGUUGAACAUGCUGAGUCAGAGCACGUUGAGCUGGCUAGCGAGGCAGGGCCAAUACGUACCUGGUUUCCAGAAACAUUCAUCUGGACUCUGGUUCCCAUCAAUGAUUCAGGGACUGCUGAGCUAGCUGCCACAGUACCUGACAGUAUAACAGACUGGAAAGCCAUGACUUUCUGCAUCUCAGAGAGACAUGGGUUGGGAAUCUCAGAGAUCACCGGCCUGCAGAGCUUCAAACCCUUCUUCAUGGAACCCACCUUGCCCUAUUCCAUCUUCCGAGGGGAGUCGUUUCCCCUGAAAGUCAAAGUUUUCAGCUACAUGAAACAGUGCAUGGUGCUCCAGCUUAGCCUAAUGGACUCCAGGGAUUUUGAAUUUAUGCAUGCAAAUACCAGGUUCACUGCUUGUCUGUGUCCUGAUUCAGCAAAAACAUUCUUUUGGGAUGUGAAGGCUACAAAAUUAGGGAAGGUGAAUUUCACUGUCACUGCUGAGGUGACGGAACAGGAAGAUGUUUGCACUGAGAGUACAGCUGUUGUGCCAGAGUCUGGAGGGAAGGACACAGUGGUUAAACACCUGCUGGUGAAGCCUUCUCCUCACCAGGCAGAGGGGCUACUGGAGGAAAAGACACACACCUCACUCCUGUGCCCUAAAGGAACUUCAGCUUCAGAGACAAUCACAUUCACUAUGCCAGAGAACGUGGUCCUUGGGUCGGAGAGAGCCCACAUCUCUUUCUUAGGUGACAUUUUGGGAACAGCACUGGACAACAUACAUGAGCUCCUCCAGAUGCCCAGUGGCUGUGGUGAGCAGAACAUGGUUCAUUUUGCCCCUAAUGUCUUUAUCACACGAUACCUUGAAGAAACAGGACAACUCACUCCAGAAAUCAAACAGAAGGCAAUUGGCUAUCUGCAAAGUGGAUAUCAGCGGCAACUCCUGUACAAGCACACAGACGGUUCAUACAGUGCCUUUGGGGAAGGAAGUGAGCCAGGGAACACAUGGCUAACUGCCCUUGUCCUCAAGACCUUCAGCCAAGCCCAGGACUUCAUCCACAUAGAUGAGCAGAAUAUAAGGGAUGCUGCCAGUGCCCUGAUUAAAAGUCAGACUCCAUCUGGCUGCUUCAAGAGUGUGGGGAAGCUCUUCAACAAUGGUCUGAUGGGUGCAGUGGAAGAGGGACUGGGGAUGAGCUCUGUGAUCAUCACAGCUCUCAUACACUCAGGGAUGCCACGCUCCGACCCAGUUGUAUGGAAAGCUCUGAAAUGUAUAAGGAACCUGGUCAAUGCUGAUACUGGCAGCUCCAACCUCUACAGCCUGGCAUUAGCCGCAAACGCCUUUGCAGUAGCAGGUGAUAAGGCACUCAGGCAGAAAAUCCUCAAACGAUUGGAUGAGAUGGCCACAAUAUCAGAUGACCAAAUAUUCUGGAGUCAACAGUCCAAACAGGAACAAGACUCCCUAUAUUGGUAUCGGGCUCCAUCUGUUGAUGUGGAAUUGACAUCUAGUAUCCUCAUGGCUCACCUUUCAAAGUCAACUUUGUCUUCAGAUGAAAUCAGAAAGGUGUCUCAGAUUGUGUCUUGGCUCAUCAAGCAGCAAAACCCUUAUGGAGGCUUUGCUUCAACUCAGGACACAGUGGUUGCCCUGGAAGCCCUAGCCCUGUAUGCAAGCAAGACCUUCAACAAGGAUGGACCUAAUCUCCAGGCUUCUCUCUCCUCUGAGGGUUUCAGCCAAAACAUCCGAGUAAACAACACCAAUCGCCUCCUACUGCAGACAGUGGAGCUGCCAACCAUUCCUCAAGUUUAUAGAGUGCAUGUACAGGGCCAAGGGUGCCUCUUCCUGCAGGCCAUUCUGCGGUACCACAUCCCUCCAUCAAGGAGUGACAUCACCUUUGCCAUGUCUUUGCAGACAGAAUGCACUGCACCCAAUGCCAGCCAGUUCUCUGUCACGAUUCAUGCUCGCUACACAGGGAACCGUGUGUCCACCAACAUGGUCCUGAUCCAAGUGGAGCUGCUGUCUGGAUACAGUCCCGUGGCAGGUUCGUUGGAAGAGCUAAAGAAAAUGCCUUUAGUGAAGAAAGUUGAAAGUGAAGCUGACCGUGUCAUUCUCUACCUGGAGGAAAUGACUAGACAGCCUCACACCUACACUUUGCUGGUGCAGCAGGACAUGCAAGUGAUGGAUCAUAAGCCAGCUAAUAUAAAGGUCUAUGAUUACUACAUGCCAGAAGAAACUACGGUGAUGAGCUACAGUGCUCCAUGCGAGUAAGGAACAGGUACAGACCCGCCUUCUGCAGUCUCUGUCUGUCUGUUCUCUGUCACCCCUGCCAACAGACAGCCACAACAUAAAGAUGAGAAGCAAAGAGAAAAUACUUGAAAUUUCCUGCUGAGUGGUUAGCUUCUGAGAGGCUCAGACUGUGCCUGACAUCUUAUUAAAAAUCAAGAGACUAGGACUGUCUAAUUGAUUAUUCAAGUUUACUGUUUUUCUUCCAAAUGAGGAAAAUCACAUUUAAGAGCAUCUGGGGAAAAUAACUUCACCUUUGUUCUGUGUGUGCACAUACACCUACAUGUGCAAAACUGUACUCCUCUAGCAGCAGAUUUGCACAGGAGGAGGUAGAGCAU